UUAACAUAGUGCCAAUAUAGUGCAGAAAAGUAAGGCAAAUUGUGCAGAAUAGUGAAUGCAUCGUGGAUGAUCAAUUGAUUUUCUUUGAAAUGGCUCCGCAUAAUCACGGAAACAGUUGUGAGGGAGAUCACGAUCACGAUGAAACCCCUGAAAUGGGUUUACAGUACAGCCUGUACGCGAAAAUCGACAAGGACAACUUGGUUUGUUUGAACGAGGUUUCCGAAGGUUCCGGUAAACUCGUCUUCAAACCGUGGGAGGAUAGGUUGAAUUUCGAGGCGUUUGUAGAAUCUGAUGCUGAUGAAGAAUUGCUCUUUAAUAUUCCUUUCACUGGUAACAUAAAGUUGAAAGGUAUUAUUCUUGUUGGUGGUGAAGAUGACUCACAUCCAGCCAAGAUGAGACUAUUCAAAAACAGACCACAGAUGAAUUUUGAUGAUAUUGCUUGUGUUGCUGAUCAAGAAUUUGAAUUGCACCAUGACACCAAUGGGACAUUGGAAUAUUCAACUAAGGUUGUUACAUUCAACACUGUUCAUCAUUUGACUAUCCAUAUUCCAAGCAAUUUUGGGGCCGAUCAAACCAAGAUUUACUACAUUGGAUUGAGAGGCGAAUUCACUGAGGCUCAUAGACAUGGCGUGACUAUUUGCACAUACGAAUCGUCUCCGAACAUGUCCGACCACAAGAAUCCCUUGACCGACAGCGUUAACCAGCAAAUACAAUAGAUAAAUUGUCUUUCUAUAUUACCAUUAAGUUAUUACACCUGCUAUUAAAUUGAAUUAACUAUAUUAACUAAUAGAUGCAAAGAGAUGUUGUAGAGAAAGCUUAGUUACAAAUUUAAUGUGCCAAAGAAAGAUAACUGCUUUAGAAAACUAUAUCAUAUCACGAAUGUAGUGAAUUGUUGAACGUAUUCCUAUGUUUUUAAGUAUAAAAAUGAUAUUUUAUGAAA